AGAAGUAAACAGCUCGACCAAUGUGUAGUUGUUCCGAGGUGGGAGGUUGUUACACUUUAUGAGCUACAGAAAGACGUAUCUCACAUUAGGUUCCGAUGGAACUCGCCGAUGAAAAACGACACAGAUUUCAAUGAUGAGGCAGAAGCUUAGGUCUUGGUUUGCUGGGCUCGUGCUGAACCUUCUGGCGGGUGCGAUUUUGCCUGCUGUCAUAGAGAUGAUAAAGCCUAUUGAAAAAGCAGUUAAAAUAGGAGGGUCGUUAAACAUCUCGUGCUUAUUAGAAUCACCUGGUAGCUCAAUACAGUGGCUGCGAAACGGUAAGCCCUUACUGGUAAAUAGCAGUGCAGUGCCCAGGAAGUAUUGGAACAUCGCAACGGAUAACGAAGUAUCAAUGACGAUCAAUGACGUCACGAAGGAAGAUAAUGGAUUGUGGGAAUGCACAGAAGUAGGAGAUAAUGAUGGGACUGUAAUCAGAACAACUAAAAUUCUCAAGCUCAUAGUAAUGAGUCCUCCAGAUGAAACAUUUUUAGAAAUGGAAGGAACAAAACUACCUGCUCAAGCAACGAUACCUGUCCAAGAACAGACCAUGGUUUCUGUCAAGUGCAUGGCUCGUUAUGCUGUACCUCCAGUGCAGCAGAUCUACUGGACCUUAGACACAAUUAAUAUAUCUUCCAGUAGUGAACUUCUUAUUGAAUUCCUCCCGAGAAACGACUCAUACAUUAGUUGGAGUGUGGUCACGUUUAAUGUGACAAGAACAUUCCACAAAAAGCAACUUAUCUGUUACGUCCACCAUCAGCUGUGGCCUCAAGCAGUUGCCGUCAGUGCCUCCUUGGAUGUUUUAUACGUCCCAUCCUUUUCCAUCAGUCGGUCCCCACCGUUUGGAUUCCCUGUUGUAGAAGGUAUGCCUGUGUUUCUAAAGUGUGAUGUCGACGCCAAUCCCCCUGGUGUUCCUAAAUGGCUGAAAGAUGAUGGUCCCUCGCAGCUAUUGCCCUCUAUGGACGGUAUUCUGAACUUUACUUCAAUCAGUAGACACCAUUCUGGCUGGUACAAAUGUACGACGGAGAAUAAGUUUGGAUAUUUUUCUUCAUUUGGUUAUUUUCUUAACGUCCGUUAUGGCACCGAAAUUGUUCAACACCCCCCUGAAGUUCUCGAGACUGAUCUGGGUGACCCUUUUCGGUUAGAAUGCAAAGCUGAUGGAAAGCCGCCGCCAUCAUAUUGUUGGACAAGGAUUAGAGAAAAUAAUCAAAUAGAGGGCGUUAGCAUCGAAAAGGAUUUGCUCUUGAAUACGGUUCUAUAUUCUGAUGCAGGACAGUACAAAUGCAUUACAUCUAACACUAUUGGACGAAGAGUGUAUACAGCAAAAACAAAAGAUCUUAGUGUCAAAGUUAAAGGUAGGCCUAAGGUUGAUCCUGUCAACAGAACAUUAAAUGCUAUAGCAGGAAAGUCGGCAAAACUUUUCAUCCGAUUUUGUGGUAACCCCCGUCCAUACCGUGCCCACUGGAUAGUUCACCAUCUAGCACUCAGUCCCGGAGAUAUAAGGUUGCCUUAUAUAGCGCACAACGUUACAGAGUUAGAAACACCACAUUGUUAUCUGGGCGCUUUAGAAAUAACGGAAGUAUCUCCAGAAGAUGGUGGAGAAGUUUUAUUUUUUGCCAAAAACCCUAAAGGAAUUGAUGACGCCGUGAUUUUACUGAAUAUUACGCAUGCUAGUUUCUCCGUUUCGGAUGGUUUGUCACUCCAUCAAAGGACCAGGCUAACUAUGGUAACCUUCCUCUGGUUAUUUUUGGAAAAUUUUAGAUGUAUUGUGCAUUGAUGUACAGUUAUUUAAAUGCUCCUGGUUCCCAUGAAGAAACUUGUUUCAUGAUGAUGUUUUAUUAAGCUUGUUGUUCUGUAUCAUCUGUGAUUUCAGUGGCCGUACUGUUCUUCUUCUUCUUCACAUGAUGUGAUGUUUUCAAAGUAGCAUCAAUGACAAUUAUAAUGUACAGUGGGUGAAACAAUAUUGUGUUGAAAAUCACCAUGAAAGUUUUGGACUGACAAUUCUAAAACAAACUUUCUUGAUAUUCCUUGUCUUUGCUUGGAAAGUUUUAAACUAAUCAUUGCAGAGACGUCUAUCAUUUGAUACAACGUAUGUGGUUUGUGAGUUAAAGAGUCCCAAUGAACAUUUGUAUGAGUGUAAAGUAUGUAUAUUAUACUCAUGUUUUUAACUCUUCAACUACUAAAUAUUACUACCCUUCUCAGCUAAGUUAGAGACUUUAACAUGUUAGGGUUGUUUACAUUGACUUGUAAUUUCAGUCAUUUUUGUAUUUUGAUUUGUACAAACUCGAUAAUGGUUAAUAAACUUCCUGAAGACAAAUUUAGAGGAUGGAGAAAUAUCAAAUUGUGUUUUAUGUGGAGUACAUCUGAUAAAAUGUGCAAACAUUGGAACCGUCUGUGUAAAAAAUAAUGUAUAUCCUGAAUGUGAAGUUUUGAUCUUAAAGAAAAAAACAAUUAAAAUCUAGAAGAUCGUAUAGCCAGCACUCCUAUUCCUCAAUAGUCCAUGAGGUAGUUUUUUAUAAUAUAGUGAUUGAACGGUAGCAUAAAAUUGAUUAUUAUCAAAAGUGAAUCCUACAUUUGCAUACUGGUGAUAUCGUAAUGACAGACCAAAGAAUUUAUAUACAUUAUUCGAAUAACUAAGACGGUAUCUUUAAGAAUUAUCUUGAAAAAAUCAUGGAAGUCUUGUUAAGUUUAUGUGAUUAAUCUACAUGUAACGUAACUAGGUAAACAUUAAUACAUGUUAUUAAAACUUUUUGAUGUUCAAUAAAAGAUAACUUAAUUUUAAUCAGAUAUGAGCAGCAUGAAAAUUAGGCAUAUCUAAUCAGCUGUUAUAAAAUAGAAUUUUAGUUUUGAAAUGUAAUGUAAUUGAAAAGAAUAUGUUCAACAUCGAGAUCCUUAAUUGUUGUCAGUCUGUUACUGAGUUUUCUACAAAUAAUAAAAUCACACAAUGAACCAGUCUUGGGUAAACAUUUUUGAAUCAAUAAAACAAACAUUUAAUUUGUUUUCAGUGUUUUAGGUCUUUUUUAUACUGGCUAAAAUAUGAUUUAUUUUGUCAUAAAAUAAAAUACAUUCAAGAGUAAUAUUAAUAAUGAUGUAUUUAAUAUAAAACAUGCUUCUUAUUUAUUUUUAUAGAUCUUCACUGGUAGUGCUUAGUUGAAUAAAUUACAAUUUUAAUUAAGAUCAAACAAAGCCUAAGCCAUACCAGUUUUUAUAAGAAAUAUCAUCUUGUUUGUGUUGAUUAAUUAUACCUAUUUUUACAUGCAUGUUUGCUUGAUAUUGUAACAUUACUUGUUUCUUAUAUGGAAAUGUUUAACGAACGUGUCGUACCAUCCAGCCUCAGAAAGUGAAAAAUGAACACGAGUGCUAUCUCUAUCAUCAUUAUGUCUGUGUAGUUCUUUGUAUAAAUAAUUAUGCUUAUUUAAUAAAUAAAAUUGACA